CAUCCCAUCUUUUUAAUUACACAGUGUAUAUAGGACUGAAUUGUCCAACGCGUUCUUCCUCUUUUAUACAGCAGAGUGUAAUUUGAAGGAAAUUUGGCUGUUUUUUCUAGCAGCUCGAGUUACCACCUUGAGGCUAUUUACUGUGUCCUUGAGUGGUAGAAACGUCCACCGGCGUCGAUGCAAUAAUAUUUUACAGUAUUUGUCUUUCAUUUCUCCAUAUUGCACCUUGAUCGAUGAGAUUAAGAAGUACCUAACUUGAACUGAGAUAUUUUUUGCCGUACAUUCCCCCCAAACAUCUAUUGUCUUGCGCAAGAAUGAAAAACCAAAACAAGCGAGCCCUAACUCGGGUUAAUAUCCCUUCAAUUCUGGAUCCCGUGGGAUGGGAAGAGACCAGAUAGUCUUGCCCUUUUUUUCCUGGGUAAGAGAUUAUGAAUACAUGGAGGGUUUUAUGGCGACUACAGACUGGUCUCUUUUCAAAGGUACAACCUGCUUUUAUCCAGAAAUUUCCUUCCACUUUGACAUCAUUCAAUAACAGGAGACAGAUGUUAUGUAUGUUAUCCAAAUGUCAUGGAAAUAUUGAUCCAAGAUCCAGUGUCUCACUAACUGCAUCAUACAACUGGUGUCAUAUCCGUGAAUAUGCCAAAGCUUCCAAAUCUAAGAAGAAAACAACAGGUAAACCAAAAGUGUUUGUUAGUGAUGACCAAAUGGAGGAGGUAAUAAAUUUGACAGCUUUCAAAUCCGAAAUGUCUAGUGUGUUGGAACAGCUUCAACUGGAUUACUUAAAUCAACUUUCUCUCAGAGUAUCCACCCGUGUUUUUGAUACAAUUACUGUGAAAAUAGAAAAUAAAGAGUUUCGUCUCAACCAAAUUGCUCAAAUUAUCCAGAAGAAUCCAUCUUUGAUAGUGAUUAAUUUAAGGGAGUCAACUCAGUAUUUGCCAAUAGUGAAGAAUGCAAUCAUUAAAUCAGGAGCUGCCAUAAACCCUCAAGUGGAUGGAACAACUAUUUUUAUUCCAAUACCAAAAGUCUCAAAAGAACAUCGUGAAAAGCUCUGCAAAUCUGCUAAGACAUUUUGUGAUAAAAGUAAGCAGAAACUGCGUGAAAUUUGCAAUAGAUAUACAAAGAAAUUGAAAGCUAGCAAAGGCGCCUUCUCAGAAGAUUUAAUUAUAAAUAUUCAAGAAUCGUUGAUACAUCAGAUGCAAGGGAAGAUGACAGAAGCCGAGGAGAUGAUGGCACGGAAACAAAAAGAUUUGUUAGGAGACCAGAAAUAAUUAAUUAAAAAAGAAAAAAAGUAAGAAAGAAAUCUUGUGUUUUAGUCCUUUCUCUUGUAUAAUUUUUUUAUAUUUGUAUGAGUUCUUGAAGACAAAAG